AUGUCGCGAGCCGUGCGUCUCAUGAAAGCCGUGUCCGUCACGAGUUGCACCCUCACGUCUAUUGGCAUGCCCGUGCUUUGUCUAGUGAGCGAGCAGGACACCUCAGCAAUCGGCAAGUGGGCCAUGUGUGGAACGAUCAUGAUGUUCGGGCUCGGCACGACGUCGUUGUUUCACUACCUGUUCAAGCCGUACGUCAUGAAAAUGUGGCUAGCAAGCCCGGAGGUGGCUGACAGUUGCUCGACGUCAACGAGCGAGGCGACAGACGAUCCGGUGGUAACGGUCGAGACAGUAACUCUGUUUGCUCAAUUGACGCAGAACUCGUUCCGACUGUCCGACGUGUCACCGCCGAAGCAGUCGAUGCACCCCAUGGUGUCGUUUCAGGCUCGUGAUCACCACUACUUUAUUCACCCUGAGGCAUUUGAAGACCGAAACUUGCUGACUAGGCUUGGAGCGGGGAAGCGUGCGUAG